AUGGUAAGACAUUUCGAGACUCUAACGCAGCAGUCUCACCCAUCAUUUCCGGCCUUAUGGCCUUCCCUUCCCCCUACUCUCCUCCACCUCUCCCCCGCCUUUCGCCCGCUUUCCUCAUUCCCCCCCGCCUCUCUCCCCCGCAGCCCUCAUCCUUCAACAACGCCCAACCGGGGCAAGACAGGAGGGCGCUCACCUUUUCCCCACCUUUCCCCCAAUCGCCCUUCCCCCACCUCCUCCCCCCAGUCCUCAUCCUUCAACAGGUCGCCAGGCCAAUCUGUGCACAACCGGGGGAAGACAGCAGCAGGGGACCUACCCUUUCCCCACCUUUCCCCCCCAUUUCCCCCUUUUCCCCCCCACCUCUCCCCCCCACCCCAGUCCUCGUCCUUCAACAGGUCGCCAGGCCAGUCCGUGCACAAGCGGGGGAAGACAGCAGGGUCAGGCGGAGCAAGCCGAGGGGUUGCUGCUGCUGCUGCUGCUGCUCCUGAAGCAUGGUUGCCCGAGAGUGCAGUUUCCAGUGGUGCCUCGACCGCCUCUCCUUCAAAUGCUGGAGUUCCCAAGGGUGCUGCUACUGCUGAUGGCAACGGGCGCUCUGGUAUUGGGAGUUCUGCAGGGGUGGGGCUAGAGGGAAGACGAGAGGUGACAGACCGAGGGGGGUUGAGAGGCGAAGACUCGGUGCCACUGCUUCCCAAGCGCCUUCACUUUGACCAGCUGUCAGCCCCAACCCCGGGCUUGGCCUCACUCCUCCCGGCCCCAGCAGUUCCAGUUCCAGGCAGUGCCUCGAGCCCAGUCGUUUUGCACCAUCUUCAGAGCCCAGAGCUGCAACAGCAACCGCCGUACCGCCACCAGCACCAGCACCAGCACCAGCUCCAGCACCAGCACCAGCACCAGCAGCACCCAUCACAGCAGAACCAGCAGCCAGGGAAGCAGCAGCAGCAGCAGCAGCAGCAGACAGGGCAGCAGCAGCGUUCAGAGUAUCGGGACGUGGAGAGCACAGAUGGGGCGAGCUAUGAUGUGUUGUGCUGGGCGUGCGGGCUCUGCCUCUCCCUCCCCUCCUUCUCCCCCAACUUCAAAUGCGGCUACUCUCCUCCCUUCCCCUCGUCUCCAAUCCCCUCAUCUCCUCUCUCUCCGCCCUGCCUUUGCACUUGCCGGCAUUCUCACCCCCUGCCUCCCCAUCGUCACUCUCCUCCACCCGCUGACAACUGUAACAUCUCCCCACCCCCCGUCAUCCCUUUCGAUCUGCUCCUUUCCCCUCUUCCUCUCUCCUUCCAUCCCUGCCCUUCCCUCUCCACUACCCUGCCCUUCUCCUCCCCUCCCUCCCGUCUCCAUCUGGUGGCAUCCUCACCACAUUCCCCUCUGUUUUUGGUUCGCUUCAAGAACAGACAGAUUCCUCAUCACCUAUCCCAUCCACCUUCUAUCUUUUGCCUCUUCUCACUCUUCUUGUCUUCUCUCCCCUCCCUCCCUUCUCCAGUUGGCGGCAUCCUCACCACCUUCCCCAUCAUCUGUCCCCUCCACCCUCCCGUCUCCCACCGCUACCCCCCUCCUCCUCAUCUCCUCCCCGUGCCGCUCCCCUUCCUCCUGCACGCCCUCAUCACGCUCCUCCUCUCCCUUCAAACCAUCUUCAACUUCCUCUGCUCCGCUUUCUUCCCUGCCGGCCCAGUCACUCGUGUUGCUUUCGGCUCGGCAGACAUGCCAACUGUAUCAGCAGGUUCGUUUGACGGCUGGCAGUUGUGCCGCCGCUGCGACCCGCCCCGAGCCAAGCCCCCUGGUGCGCACCACUGCAGCAGCUGCGGCACGUGCGUGAUGGACAUGGAUCAUCACUGCCCCUUUAUCGGCAACUGUGUGGGGCGGGCCAAUCAGAGGCACUUCCUGCUCUUCCUCCUCUCCACCAUCAUCAGCUGCAUCUAUGUUGCCCUCAUGGCCUCAGCCACCCUCUAUUUCCUCCUCCCCGCACUCGACGUCACACCUCACAUGCCCCAUAACCCCCCUCACGACCUCACCUCUUUCGUCUCCACCGCCACAAAAGCUUUUGCCGCCGCCCUUUGGGCUGCCCGAAAACAACUCGCGAUCCGGGCGUUCAUCGCGUUUUACCUCUUUAUAGUCGCACUCGGCACAGGGAUUUCUGUCUCGCUGUUACUGUACCAGCAGCUGGACUUCAUUCUAUCUGGAGAAGGGGGUUAUGUAGAUGCAUUAAAGGUGAAGAAAGGAGCCGGAAAUAACAAGAGCUCUGAAGGGGGUGUUUGGAUCUGGCAAUCCAUGGUUCUGGUGCUGUCCUCGUUUGAAGGCCCCUAG